GCCCCGGCCCCCGCGCGCACGCGCACUGGAAGCUCCCGGGGUCCGGACCGCAUCCCACCCACCCGCCCGCCGCCGGCGCGGCCGCCCUGGCAUGGGCGCCACCACCCUGCUCUGGGUUUCCUUGACUGUCUUCGCGCCAGGGGUCCUCGGUCAGUGUAAGUUCCUGCCAAGGUACCCUUUUGCUAAGCCUAAUAUUGGGAGUGAUCAGUCUGAGUUUGCUGUUGGCACAACUUGGGAAUACAAAUGCCUCCCUGGCUUUACCAAGAAGUCAUUCUUUAUCACCUGCCUAGAGAAUUCCAAGUGGUCAGAUGCUCAACAGUUCUGUAAACGCAAAUCAUGUAGGAGGCCCCAAGACCUGCUCCAUGGCUCUGUGCGUACACCCAUGGGGAUCGAGUUUGGGUCAACCAUUACAUAUUCUUGUAACAAAGGAUAUCAACUCAUUGGCGACACUUCUGCUACAUGCAUUGUCUCAGAUAAUACUGUAGUCUGGGAUGCGGAUAUGCCUUCUUGUGAACCUAUUCUGUGUGAGCCACCCCCAUCCAUCUCCAACGGGACCUUCUCCAGCAUCAGUAGAGAAGUCUUUCCCUUUGGAAGUGUGGUAACAUAUCGUUGCCGCGUUGGACGAAAUGGGGAAAAGCUGUUUGAUCUGGUGGGUGAGAAAUCGAUGUAUUGCACCAGCAAAGACAAUCAAGUUGGCAUCUGGAGCAGCCCACCCCCGCAGUGCAUUGAUUUAGUCAAGUGCCCAAGGCCAGAAAUUAAAAACGGACAGAUGGAAUCUGGAUUUAGAUGGCAAUUUUUCUUAAACGAUUCAGUGAUGUUUGCGUGCAAGCCUGGCUUUACUAUGAAAGGCAGCAGCAUUGCCUGGUGCCAACCAAAUGGCAAAUGGGACCCUCCCCUGCCAACUUGCUUCAAGGGGUGUCUGCCACCUCCGAGUAUCCAUCAUGGUACUUCUAAUACCAAGGAUAAGGAGUUCUUUUCAGUUGGACAGGAAGCAUCCUACAGCUGUGAGCCCGGCUACACUCUCGUGGGAACUAACCUUGUUCAGUGCACAUCCUUGGGAACCUGGAGUUCUACCGCCCCGAGAUGUGAAGUGAAAUCAUGUGAUGCCAUUCCCAACCAACUGCCCAAUGGCCGUGUGCUGCUCCCUCCCAAUUUUCAGCUUGGGGCAGAGGUUUCCUUUGUCUGUGACUCAGGGUUCCGGUUAAAUGGCAAAUCUUCUAGUCAGUGUGUCGCAGAAGGAGUGACAGUAAUCUGGAAUAAUAAGUUUCCUGUCUGUGAAUGGAUUUCUUGUGACCCUCCUCCUCCUAUCAAACAUGGUGGGAAAAGUCUUGUCUCUGAUACCCCAUCUCUGGGUACUGUUGUAAUAUACUCUUGCCCAAAUGUCUUUCGCCUCAUCGGAGAAAAGGCGCUUUUUUGCAUAAGUAAAGACAACGUGACUGGAGUUUGGGACAAAGCUGCUCCUACGUGUGAAUAUUUCAAUAGAAAUGCUAGGUGCACCGAGCCCAAAGUGCCCGGAGGGUACAAGAAGGAAGGAUCUAGGACAUCAUAUACACAUGGCCGUUCUGUGACAUUUGCCUGUCACACCAACUUUACCAUGAAAGGAAACAAAACUGUCUGGUGCCGAGCAAAUAGCACAUGGGGACCUACACCAGUGCCAACCUGUGAGAGUGAUUUCCCGCUUGAGUGUCCGCCACUUGCUGAGAUCCGUCAUGGGUAUCACACAGGGCAAAAGGCUGGCCACUACGCCCCAGGGUCAUCUGUGACUUAUAGCUGCCAGCCUGGUUACUUGCUUGAUGGACAGAAGACUAUUGAGUGUUUAUCCUCAGGAGACUGGAGCUCAGACAGUCCCACUUGCAAAGAGGCUCAGUGUGACCCUCUAGGACCAUUUCCCAACGGGAAGGUAAAGGCACCUGCAAGUCCUCGGUUUGGUGUAACUGCGAGCUUCACCUGUAAUGAAGGGUAUUGGUUAAAAGGCCAACCUUCUAGUCAGUGUGUGAUUGUUGGACAAAAAGCUGUUUGGACCAAACAGCCUGUCUGUGAAGAAAUCCUUUGCCCAGCGCCUUCCGCUAUCCUCAAUGGAAGACAUACAGGCAGCUCUUCAGUGCGUUUUCCCUAUGGAAGUAGAGUCACUUACACGUGUGACCCAGGCCCAGAGGGAGGAAUCGAGUUUGUCCUUGUAGGGGAGAGCACUAUCCACUGUACCGCGGGGAGCCUGAUGUCUGGGAGCUGGAGCGCCCCUGCCCCACGCUGUGAACUCUCUACUUCGGCCAUUCAGUGUUCACAUCCCCAGAUUCUCAGAGGCCUGACAUUAUCUGUGCAGAAAGAGCAAUAUUCCUAUAAUGAGACUGUGGUGUUCGCCUGUGAGUCUGACUUCACCAUGAAGGGCAGCAACAAAGUCCGGUGCAAUGCCCAAGGAAUAUGGGAGCCACCAGCCCCGGUGUGUGAAAAGGCAUGCCAGGCCCCUCCUGAAAUUCUCAAUGGGCAAAAAGAAGAGAAACACAUGGUCCGCUUUGACCCAGGAACAUCUGUAAACUACAGCUGUGACCCUGGCUAUGUGUUGGUGGGAGAAGAAUCCAUACAUUGCACCCCUGAGGGGACGUGGUCCCCUGCUGUCCCCCAAUGCAAAGUGGCAGAGUGUAAACCCAUAGGACCACAACUCUUUACAAAACCCAAGGACCGGUUCAUUAGACCAGCUGUUAAUGCUUCUUGUGGUGAAGGGUCCCGAUUGAGUGGGAGUGCUUACCAACUGUGUCAAGGUACAGUUCCUUGGUUUGUAGAGAUUCGCCUUUGUAAAGAAAUCACCUGCUCACCACCCCCUGUUAUCUAUAAUGGGAUACACACAGGAAGUACUUCAGAAGAUGUUCCCUAUGGGACAACAGUCACGUAUACAUGUAACCCUGGGCCAGAGAAAGGAGUGCAAUUCGACCUCAUCGGGGAGGGUACCAUCCGAUGCACAAGCAAGGACGGAGUGAGAGGCAGCUGGAGCAGUCCAGCUCCCCUCUGCAGACUCAGGCUCCCUGUGGUCCAGUGCUCAAAGGUGAUCAUUGACAAUGGAUACACGACAUCUGUCAAGAACGCCUCGUAUGUCUACAAUGACAGUAUAACCAUCAAGUGUAAUCCUGGCUACAUUUUGAAUGGCAGCAGCCAAAUUCGUUGCAAAGCCAAUAACACCUGGGAUCCUCAUAUACCAACUUGUGAAAAAGAAGGAUGUGAACCUGUGCAGCUUCCACGUGGUUCACCUGUGAAACUAGUGAAUACGUCCUGUCAAGAUGGGUACCAAAUGACUGGCUAUACUCAUGAGAAGUGUCAAGAUACUAAGAAUGGGGUUUGGUUUCAAAAGAUUCCUGUUUGUACAGUUAUUCACUGUCAGCCUCCUCCCAUGAUUGCCAAUGGGAAGUACAGAAGCACAGUGGAAGAGCCAUUCCUAUAUGGAAGUAAAGUCUUUUAUGAAUGUGACCCGGGAUUCUAUCUUCUGGGAGAGAAAAAUCUACAGUGCAGCAAAGAUUCUAAAGGACAAGGAUCCUGGAGUGGGCCUCUCCCACAGUGUUUACGCUCUCCUGUAACUCACUGCCCUAACCCAGAAGUCAAACACGGAUACAAACUCAAUAAGACACGUGCUACCUAUUCCCACAACGAUAUAGUGCAUGUGGCCUGCAAUCCUGGCUUCCUCAUGAAUGGUAGUCACUUGAUAAGAUGUCACACAGAUAACACAUGGGUACCAGGCAUACCAACAUGUAUCAAAAUGGCUUUCUUAGGCUGUCAGUCUCCCUCUACAAUCUUCAAGGGGAAUCACACUGGUGGAAAUACAGCACAGUUUUCUCCCGGGAUGUCCAUCCGGUACAGCUGUGACCAAGGCUACCUGCUGGUGGGAGAGGCCCUCCGUGUUUGCACUCAUGAGGGAAUCUGGAGCCAGCCUGCCCCUUACUGUAAAGAGGUAAACUGUAGCUUUCCUGAAGAGAUCAAUGGAAUUCAGAAGGGACUGGAGCCAGGGAGAGUGUAUCAGUAUGGAGCUAUAGUAACCCUGGAAUGUGAAGAUGGGUACACCCUGGAUGGCAGUCCCCAGAGCCAGUGCCAGGGUGACCACCAGUGGAACCCUCCCCUAGCGGUCUGCAGAUCAAGAUCAUUGAUUCCGAUUCUUGGUGGUAUUUGUGCCGGUUCAGCACUGCUUAUUGUCUUGGCUGUCAUCGCCUUAUUCAUGAUAAUAAAAUACAGAGGACGCCAUUAUUAUACAAAUGCAAAGCCUAAAGAAGGAGUGCUUCACUUAGAAACACGAGACGGGUAUUCUGUUGAUCCGUACAACCCAGCAAGCUGAGAAGAAGACAAAUUGAACAAAGAAACCUUGCUAGAUGGUCCAGAUGGAGCCCAGCUUUCUACUGGGUGUGGUACAAGAAUUUCUGAAGCUCAACUUGAGAUCCACCGGAAGCCUUUUGAUAAAGUAUGGCUAUGUUGGACACACCUUAUUGGGAACACUGGCUUUAUUUUUAAUAGCAGCUGCCUUCUCUGAUGUGAUUAAUUAGUCCCAUUUGGUUGGAAUAUUUCUCAGGACACUGAAUAUUCUUUGUCAUAGUCACUUGGUAAUCUCAAUUUGCACAUGGUUUUGAAGUUGUUGUAAAGUUAUACUUAUAAAUAGUUAGCGCUGGAAGUGGCGCUGUGGCUCAAAUGGUAGAACAUUCGCCUUGAGCUGGAGAAUUCAGGGACAGCACCCUGGUCCAGAGUUCAAGCCCCACAACUGACAAAAAAAAUAAUAAUAAAUAACUAUUUAGUGUACGAUUAGACUGUUAGAUACUUCAUAGUUUUCUCAUGAGCUUCAGUAGUUGGUAGGAUGUAAUUUCAUAAAGUGUACAUAAGCCGUUAAAAUAAAUUGUAUUUGUUUAAAAACA